UCUGAGUCGACUUCAAUUUGGAGAUUCGCCCAAGAUGAUAUCGCGCCGAAUCUCCCUCCUUCUCACAGCGCUGCUGCUGCCAUUAGCUGCCAGCUCCUCCAUCGAUGCACUCAAACAGAAUGCAGAUGACCAUGAUGUGGUGGCAGCCACGCGUGGCCUCAUCCAUCGCCGGCUUGGGGCUCGCUUCAAUGAUCAGGUUGGUCAUACGCCGCACGAUCCCAUUGAUACGUGGAUUAAAUCUCGCAAUUUCAUGCAAUUUAGAUCUCGCUCCGUGUACUUCCGUCAGAAUCCGAUGGUCUGGACGUAUUCGAGCUGGGAAGUGACGGUGACAAGCUUGAAAUUGCUGCCAACUCGGCCACCGCCAUGGCGUACGGCCUGCAAUGGUACUUGAAGACGGUGCUGCACACGCAAACGGACUGGGACAACCACAAGCUACAGCUUCCUUACGUGCUACCCAAGGUAAAACAACACGCGCGGCACAAACGCAGCGCCAAGUUCUCGUACUAUCAGAACGUCUGCACUGUGAGCUACUCAUCGUGGACAUGGGGGUGGACGCAAUGGGAGAAGCACAUCGACUGGAUGGCACUCAACGGUAUCAAUAUGCCUCUGGCGUUUACAGGGCAGGAGAAAGUGUGGCAAAACACCUUCCAGAAACACUACAACGUGAGCUCUGCCGGGCUCAACAAGUUCUUCGCAGGUUCAGCAUUUUUGGCAUGGGGUCGCAUGGGUAACUUGCGGGGUAGUUGGGUCAAAGGUCCACUUCCACAAGCUUUCAUUGACAGUCAGCAUGCUUUACAACUCAAGAUCCUGAGCCGCAUGCGUGAGUUCGGUAUGAUACCAGCUUUGCCGGCGUUCGCUGGUCACGUCCCGGAAGAGAUAAAGGUCUUGUUCCCGAAUGCAAAGUUCACGCGUUCGCCCAAUUGGGGCAACUUUUCCGACGAAUUCUGCUGUGUGUACAUGCUGGAUUCCUCAGAUCCAUUAUAUUAUGACAUCGGUAAAACUUUCCUUGAGGAGCAGCGCGCACUGUACGACUACACGUCUUCACUGUACCAGUGCGACACAUACAACGAAAUGGAUCCGGACUUCACUGACCCGGCAAAGCUUCAGGCUGCAUCACGUGCUGUCAUUGACAGUAUGACGGCUGCGGAUCGCAAUGCAGUGUGGCUUAUCCAAGGGUGGCUCUUUGAGAACAGUCCUGACUACUGGACCAAAGAGCGUGUUAAGGCAUAUCUGGACGGUGUACCAGACGACAAGAUGAUCAUUCUCGACCUGUACAGUGAAGUUCGACCGGUGUGGAACAAAAUGGACAACUACUUCGGCAAAAGUUGGAUUUACUGCGUGCUGCACAACUUUGGUGGUAACACUGGGAUGCGAGGAGACUUGCCAACUCUCGGCACAGCACCUGUACUAGCGAACCGUGACAGCAAUGGGACUAUGAUCGGUGUGGGCUUGACAAUGGAAGGCAUUUACCAGAACUACGUCGUUUACGACCUCACAUUGCAGAUGGCGUGGGUGGAUACUCCACUCAAUAUGGACGAGUGGAUUCCCAGCUUUGCGGCGCAGAGGUAUCACUCGCUGGAUGCACAUACUGAACGAGCAUGGGGGUUUCUUUUGCAGUCGGUGUACAACCGUACACUGGGCUUUGGUGGCGUAACCAAGAGCUUGGUGUGUUUAAUACCACACUGGAAACUCGUCCGGGACGGAUUCAUGCCGACAUCAAUAACGUAUGACCCAAUGGAUGUAACCCGUGCCUGGAAGGAGCUGCUACUUGCUGGAUCGGAACUGCACGCUGUGGACACCUACCGCCACGAUUUGGUCGAUGUUACACGCCAAUUUUUGAGUGACCACUUCAUGGCUCAGUAUCUUCAAUUGAAAGAUAUGUACGAAGGGAGAAAGCGGCCAGCGGAUCAAGUGUGCGCUUGGACAGAGCGCAUGCUCAUCACGAUCGAACGGCUAGACGAGAUUUUGGCAACGAACGAAGAUUUUCUACUUGGUAACUGGAUCGCAGAUGCGCGGGCACUUGCGGAAGAUAUUGAGACUAUCGACUCGAGUAACCUUCAAGAUUAUUACGAGUACGAAGCUCGCAACCAAGUGACGCGCUGGGGCGACAACAACUCCGAGGCAAUUCACGACUACGCAGGCAAGGAGUGGGCUGGCCUCGUCAAAGGCUACUACUUACCGCGUUGGCGCAUGUGGUUCGGAGAAGUCUGCCAGUCUUAUACACAAGGGCGCAAAAUUAACAAGGACGUGGUGAAGAAGGCUCGCAUCGCGUUCGAGCUCAAGUGGCAGCUCAGCCGCGAGCCGUAUCCAACCACGACAGUCGGCGACACACUCAUCGUCUCCCAGCGCAUUUACGACGAGUUCGCCGGCCUGGACGUCGUCCAGCCAUGGGCGUCGCAACUUGUGAUGCAAGAAUGAUUGUGUUGCAGAAACUCAGUGAGCAUCUGGCAGUAUCACAUUUUUGCCAAUCACAGCACGUUAGUUUGGGUUUUGGCCAAUCGCGGGAGUGGACCUUCAAUAUCGCUUGUAGCAUUCUCUGAUUGGCCGGAAUACUUGAAGCAAUAACGGCCGCAAUGGUAAUUCUGAUUUGCUAAAACUUGUAGUAUAGUAC